AGUGGGAGUGGCUGCUUAGCAAUCAUUGGAGAUGAAAGAGCUUGCUUUCUUUUUACUUCUUUUUAUUUCAACUGGCCCCGUUACUGCUGCAUAUCCUUGGCCAGACAAUGUCACUCAAUACAAAGGAUACAUUGAUCUGCAAAGCAAAGGAGGUGUAGGUGUUCACUUGUUCUAUUGGUUCUUUGAGAGCAGGAGCGCCCCCUCCACUGACCCACUGGUAAUAUGGCUGACAGGUGGGCCUGGCUGCUCUAGUGAGCUUGGGCUAUUCCUUGAAAAUGGACCUUUCAUUAUUAAUGGGACCAGCACACCAACCUACAAUCCUUAUGGUUGGAAUAGCUUUGCUAAUAUUAUCUACAUUGAUCAACCUGGAGGGACUGGUUUCUCAUACGUUGAUAAACCAAGUGAGUAUGUACAUGAUGAGACGCAGCUAGCUAUUGAUCUGUGGAACAUGAUGCUAGCAUUUUAUGAGAAAUAUCCAAAAUACUCUAAAUUGGAUCUUUAUAUUUUUGGAGAGAGCUAUGCUGGUCAUUAUGUGCCUGCUUUUGCUAGAGCAAUUUUAGCAAGCAACUCGAUCUAUUCUGAAAACUUAAAGGGAAUUGCAAUUGGUAAUGGAUGGACUGAUCCUCUUGUUCAAUACACUCAAUUUGCACCAUUUGCUCUUCAUGCUGGUAUCAUUGAUCAAGCCACUGCAGAUGCUGCUAAUAAAAUGUACCCUGCCUGCAGAGAUUUGAUUAUAGCUAAAAAGUAUGAGGAAGCCUAUGACAAGUGUGAGAAAAUGUCUGAUUUUAUACUAAAUGAAGCACAGAAGAAGCUAGGAAGAAGCAUCAAUCCUUAUGAUAUCAAACUAGACUGUCCUGUUCCUGGAUGCUUUGACAUUUCUAAUUUAACUUCUUUUCUUAAUCGUUCCGAUGUACAUGAAGAUCUUGGUGUUGGUACACACCAAUGGCAAAUGUGUAGUGAACUGGUUGAAAAGAAUCUCAUUAAUGAUGAAGUUUUGAGCUUCAAGUCUGCCCUUUCAAUGGUUUUACAAGAAAAGAAAAGAGUGUUGAUAUAUAGUGGGAAAUGGGACUACGUCUGCAAUUACUUUGGAGGAAGAGCAUGGACUAAACUAGUGGAAUGGGAAGGACAGAACCAGUUCAAUUCAGCAAGCUAUAAAGCAUGGAUGGUAGAUGGGGCAAUUGCUGGUGAAGUGAAGGCUUAUAGUGAUUUGACUUUGUUGGAGGUUAACAAUGCUGGACAUCAAGUACCAAUGUUUGUACCUAAACAGGCCCUUGAUAUACUAGACAGGUUUAUCAAGAACAAGCCUUUUGCUGCUUAUUAACUUAUUGAAGUGAUAAUAAUAAUUCAUAUUUGCCAAUGUACAUAAAAUUAAUGCUUAGCUAUUUGCUCAACUGCUUUUAUUAAAAUUGUUAUUUAAGUUGUAAAAAUUCUCUGAGAGAAAUAAGCAGCUUUUCUUUGCUG